UGGCCCGGCAGACAUAUGGGCUUUAACGCCUUUUCUUAGGUCCGACAAUAUGCUGUGUGCCACUAAACUCUCUUGACGGAAUUGAGUGUAAUUAUCGGAUUACAGCCUCGCAGCUCUCAGGUUGGAGGUAAUUACUACCACACCGAGGACGGAGGCGUCUGGAUGCCCGGGCGCACGCUCACGUCUCUGGGUGAUGGGACCUUUCUGACCACGAAGAGUCACCGUUACUGUUUGCUUUCAAAAUAAAAGCAGCUGCACUGAAGUGGAAAUGUAAAGUCGGGACUUUUUUCUUACAAAAACUGCACGUUUGGGUGAGUUUGACAGUUUAUUACAACAUAAGAUUCAUCAUAGUUGAAGUAAUUUUGAUUCUUUCUUAACUUGGUCUAAUUGUCUAAAUUGUGUUUUGCAGGAACGCUCUUGUGUCCAAAGAUCUUCUCUCUUAUGUCGGUCUCCUCCCUGCCAGAAUGGAAGCAGCUCCUUCUGGAGAAAAAGAGGAGAGAAGAGGUGGAGCGAGGGAGGAGGGAAAAAGAGGAGGAGGAGAAGUUAGCCAGCAUGCCGGCCUGGAAAAGAGGGAUCAUCCAACGUAGGAGAGCCAAGCAGGAGACGGCGGGAGACAGGGAGAAGGACUUCUGCCUGCUGCAGGACUCCAGAUCUCCAUCUGACGGCCUGAGCGACACCGACAGCUCUGUCACAGUCAAUCUGGGGAGCGAUGUGUCCCUCAGUCCAGAUCCGGGCCAAUGGCUGGAUCUGGAGCCCAAAGCGGCCAGUCAGGUUUCAGUGGAAACCAUCGUUCCAGUGCACGAAAACCCGUUCAUGCGGACGCAGAGCAGCUGGACCGGGAGGAAGGGCAAAGACGGAGAGCCCGGCAACGAGCUGGAGGUCAAGGAGAGGGACAAGAUGAGCCCCAGAGGUCAGGAUGCAGAGACCAGAAGAAGAUUCAAAGAUCUGAAUGAAGGAUGGGAACGAGAAAGGAGCAGAGAAGGAUGUGAAAAAGACAAAAAGGAGCAGGACUUUCUGAGAGUCCGAAAAGACCCGGAGGAAAAGGAAAGUCAGCCGCCGUGCGCUCCGUUCUCGCCCGUCGUCCCCUGCCUCCGGACCAUCCACGCCGACAACAUCAUCAUCAUCGAGCAGGACAGGAAAGGCGGCGACGACAGGAGAGGGAAAUGGAUGGAGGCCGACAGGGAGAAGCUUCAGGAGGACCCAAUCGGGAAACGAGGGAUGAAAAUGGACCUCAGGGAGAUCCUGGCUGGAGGCGGGAGUGUCACCGAGAUCCGAGCCUCGGAAGUUCUCAUCAUAAAGCCCGUCUUGAACCCAGAAGACAGAUGCUCUGGAGGCAAAGGCAGGGAGGACGGAGAGACAAAAGGCUGCAUGGAUCUACGGAGGGAGACGGAGCUGAGAACAGACGUGUCCAGGACGAGAGAGAAGGAGAAGCCGUGGGGCCACGCCACCGUCAUCAAUAAGGACAGCAGGAAGGACAGCUGGGAUGAUAACGUUUUUGUGGAGAAGGGAGGACGAGUCAGCCAGCUAAGGAGCAAAUUUGGAGAGCACCCCAAGCCUCCAUCUCGAUCCAAAAGCUCGGAUAACUUCCUCCAACCUGACAGGAGAAAGUACUCAGGAGAUGAAGACGACAGGCAGAAGACGCUGCUGAAGAGCAUCCCCAAACGCUCCUUCAGCUUCUCGGAUCGGGUCAUCGGUGCUGCUGACGGUCGGAUGAACCCUGAGGACGUCGCAUGGAAAGAUAAAUCCUCAAAGCUCAAACUGGGCUGUGCCAGACUUCUACAGAGAGACCGCUUUGGAAAACCGAGGGAUGAGAAAGAGGAGGACGCAGACGAGGGGUUCACCCUGGCCUCGGUGAAAAGCACGGAGGGGAUUUCAUUUGCUAAAAGAGUCCCGAUAAGGCAGGACGGGAAAACCAGAGCAGACAGGGAGCAACCAGCGCCGGCGAGGAGUCUGGAAAAGGAAGUCGCAAGUUCCGCUGAAGGAGCUGAGACGGACUCCAGACAGGAUUCUGCUUUCACAGAGACCUCCGGUCCGUCCUGCACUGGUAGGACCCCCCAUAGGGGGCCGGAGUGGAGUGGGACGGGACCACAAGGCCCUUACCUCACCGUCCUCUCCCCCCAGACUGAAGAUCUCAUCAGCAAAAUAGAAAAAAUCGGAGAUGCAACCGUUCAUCUGAAUGAACCUCUGAUAGAGGGCGACUGUGGGCCAAGAUCUCCAAAAAAGAUUCCUGCUUUUGGGACCUCGCAGGCGCCUCUCAGCAUUCAAAUCCCUAGGACUGUGUUCUACGUGGCAGAAGAAAUGUUGGACAAAACAAAACUUGACUGCGACGUCCAGGACUGGGAUGCAGGGCGAGGCGUGGAGAGGACGGACAGCUGGAGAAUCGGGAAGUCCUUGAGCCGCAUCGAGUCCCUGCGGGAGAAGAUGAGGCAGAAGGAGAUGGAGAAGAUGAAGCAAGGAGGAAGAGGAGAGGAUGGAGAGGAGGCCUGUGACCCCGAGGACCGGUACUGGGAGAGGGGAAGUGAAACGCAAGAGGAGCAGAGGAGGCCCACUGAAGCAGACGCUCAACAGGAAGAGGCAUCCGAGCCGACAUCCAUGACUGCAUCUGACGUCAGACAGGAAGUCUGCGUGUUGAAAAGCUGCCCUCAACUUCCUGUUUCUCUCACACAAGCUGACACGGUGGAGGAAGUGACAGGCGACUGUGCCACCACUGCCUCUGAGGUUAUCUCUGACAGCUUCCAGAUACCCGAGCAAGAGGAGGACUCCCUGCAACAUGUAGGAGAUCAGCUGAGCCACAGCGAAGAGGAGGAGGAAGAAUACUCUUCAUCUUUCGAUUCAGAACAAUCCCUGUCCCCUUCGCCGCCUCAUCCCAACUCCCUCGCAGCGAUGAGCCGGAUCUACAACUUGGAAACGGUGGGCUCCAGGUCAGGUUUGUGUUUGCGGGAGAACAUCUCGUCGUCGGUGCACCUCGUCAAAGUGAAGCCUCUGGUUGUGAGCUCGCCGCCGGCUGACGGCGUUCAGCUGAAAGAGCAGGAAGUACUGAGGAGCAUCGAGGGCAAAGGCCUCCACAGCCCCAAAGCAGGACUGAAGCACCAAAGAAAGGACGACCAGGAAGCCAAAGUUCCUCCAAGGCCUCAGAACAAGCAGACCAUCACCAUCGCCCCGUCGUUCCUCAGGAACCAGUCCUCGGAGAACUCUCUCAAACCCGCAAACUGCGCCCCAACUCCAGCCUCCUCGCCAAGCUCCCCGUCUCCCACCCAGUCCCCCUGUGCCUCCCCAUCCCCGACCCCGUCACCCGUCCUCUUCUCCAUCAAAAGUGCUUCUGGAGGCCACGUGAAAAGAGGCGCCACCAUCACAGUCACCCCCAAAAAGGCCUCUACAGGAGGAGGAGCAGCAACAAGGCCCACCGCCCCUCAGCAAACAAACCUCGCUGCAGCUGACCCCGCCAGGAAGAAGUACCCAACCGUGGAAGAAAUCGAGGUGAUCGGCGGGUACCAGAACCUGGAGAGGUCCUGUUUGAUCAAAAGCAGAGGAACGCCAAAGCGGGGGAAGGUCUGCUUCCACGAGGACCAGCUGGAGCAGGUCUGCGAGUACCCGUCCGAGACCUCCAUGCUGACGUUCAACCCCCUCCUGCAUGAUGGGGGCAAGGCGGAGGAGGCGCAGGAGGAGGAAGGAGAGGAGGGAUUGCUCAAGAGCACGAGGAGCCUGGGGAUUGCACCACGACUGAGAGUCGAUGAGUCCUGCCCUCGAUAGACGCCUGUCACUGAAGUUACCCUCAUGAUGAGUCCACACCAUCAAUAAUCUUGAUUUUUUUUUUUUGGUUCAUUUCUGGUUAUAAUUCUUGUUUCAUUUAUUUUAGCUUUACAAUUGAAGGACAAAAAGUGAACUGUUGGAGACAGCUGUGAAUGUUUGUGGUGUGUAAAUGAGAAAAUUCAACCUCAAGAAUGUUUCAGUGAGAGACGAUUGUCAGAGAGAAGACAGCGUUUUAUCUGUUAGUUAUUAUAGAUACUACUGUGUUUGUUGUUUCGGGGAUGGGGGCGACCUCUUCGUCACCUGCCUGCUGGACCUGAGCAGGUGCUGAUUCAAAGCCGUCCUUUAUGGAUCUCCUCUGAUGUAUGCAACGGGCGCUGGUGCAAUGUGUGACGUGAUGUCAUUUGUUCUCAUCUGGGUUUGGUGGACGGUUCAUGCAGUGGGCGUGGACUUUAAAUAAAGGCUUUAUUUUUUUUCGUAUUUUCAUCACAUCAAGUCAUGGAAGAACUCAAACAGUUCAGUGAGCAGAAGAACAACUGACUCGGCACUUUGACCUCCAGAUCUACGGUACUGAUACUGUUUAAUGUGUACAAAAUGAUUGUAAUUUGGAUAUUUCAAUUACAUAAAGAUUCUAACAAUUC